UGCACACUACAAACGCCAAAGACACUUCUCUUAAAUGGGAAAAAGCGUUAACACAGUCUUUAGGCCAGCAGAGUGGGAUAAUUCGGAGGAGAAGCAGAGACCCAAGUUGGAGUACCUGGUGACCAACAAGAAGACUCCGCCGCUGGAACUCUACCUCACUGCGUUCGCCUCCGCCUGCAGUGCCGAGGUCGUGGGCUAUCCUUUCGACGUGUGCAAGACGCGGAUGCAGAUCCAGGGCGAGAUCGCCAGCAGGGUGGGCCAGAAGGCUGGGAAGUACCGGGGUCUGCUGGCCACUGCCAUGGGAAUCGUCAGGGAGGAGGGUCUGCUGAAGCUCUACGGUGGCAUAUCCGCCAUGCUGUUCCGCCACUCGCUCUUCAGUGGCAUCAAAAUGCUGACCUACGACUGCAUGCGCGAGAAGAUGAUCGUGCCCGACGUGGACGGCAGGCCGCAGCUAUCCUUUCUGAGCUCCUGCAUCGGUGGCGUCGUGGCCGGCGCCACUGCCAGCGUGCUCACCAAUCCCACCGAGCUGAUCAAGAUCCAGAUGCAGAUGGAGGGCCAGCGGCGACUGCGGGGCGAGCCCCCACGCAUCCACAAUGUGCUCCAGGCCCUGACUUCCAUUUACAGAACGGGUGGUGUGGCGGGCCUGUGGAAGGGCACUGUUCCAAACACGUGGCGCUCGGCACUCGUCACCAUAGGGGACGUCAGCUGCUAUGACUUGUGCAAGCGGCUGCUGAUUGCCGAGUUCGAUGUGGUGGAUAACCGAGAAGUCCAGUUCGUAGCCGCCAUGACCGCCGGCGUAGCGGAUGCCAUUCUGAGUUUACCCGCGGACGUGGUGAAGUCCCGGAUCAUGAAUCAGCCAACUGACGAGCAGGGACGCGGGAUACAUUACAAGGGCUCCCUGGACUGCCUAAGUCGAUUGGUGAGGGAGGAGGGCUUUCUGGCCAUGUACAAGGGUUUCAUUCCCUAUUGGAUGCGUGUCGGACCUGCCUCAGUGGUGUUUUGGAUGACCUUCGAACAGAUCAGACGGUUUCGUGGCAGUGAAGGUUACUAGGCAAACGAGCAGUGUAUUAAAUUUGAGCUGAUUUAUUAGAAAAAGAAAAUACAAGAUACAAUUUGGUUCCCACUUGUGGGGAAGCUCCUAGGUCAAUGGAUAAGCCCAUAGCUAGUGGUAUGCGAUGACCACAUGGGUAAUAUGGGUAACUUUUAAUGACAUUUGACCGAAGUUUGAGUGAUCGAAUGGCGACCAAUCUAAGAAUACCUGCUAUACCGGUAGACAACCAGUCAAAACAGCGCUCCCAAAGCCGUGGAAACCUAAAUUAGCAUAUUUAAUUGAAUGAACCAAUGUGGAAAACUACUCACGGCCCGCGGCGAAAGAUAUUUGAAUGCUCCGUUAGGAGAUGAAAACAAGGCACACGCGCAUCAAAUUGCGCGGCGAUGCGAGAGCCAGAGGCCAUAUAAUAAAUAAUAAUGUUUGAUUAAUUUUACGGCUGAUAAAAGUGGUCACCAGUGGGGCACCCUCGCUCGUCCGCCUUUAUCGCCUCUCCAGCUUUUCUCCGUGAUUAAUUUGAGUUUUCACCAGAAAUAGCGAAAACGAAAUUCGAAUAUUUCGAGAGCGAAAGUGAGCAUGUGGAGCCCAAAUGUUGUCACUUGUUAUUCCUCGCCAGAAAUUUCAGUACACUUCGCACAUUGCUGCUGGCAUGGAUGGAUAUUGUGGAUAAUGUGGGUCAAUGUCUUUUCGCUGGCGGCAGAUGACAGGCGAGCCGAGCAAUAGUAUGCAAAAACGACAAUUACUGAAAGAAAUGGCAGCUGCGAAGUGGACGAGGCGCAGAGAAAAAUUAAUAAAUAAAUAUCUGUUUUAUUUAUGAACAUUUUUUUGGCGAAAAAUAAUUGCGCCGUUGCGUCAGCCAUUCGAAAUGAUUGCCCGUCGACGAAAAUAACCUGGCCAAGCAAUCGCACAUACCAAAAAUGGCCAACGCAGCGCGGACUGUCUUCUAAAAUAAUUAAAAGAAACCAUAAAUGCACAGCGAAUUGUUAAUGCGACCAUGAAAUGACUUUGGGAACCGCGAUAGGAGCGCGGUUCAACGAUCCAUCGAUUUCCGAUAGCCACCACCGAGAACUCAAGAACCCAAGCACCCAAAACCCAGAUAGAAAGAACAA